AAGCACACAAAAACGCGGGAAACUUUUCCGCCAUUUCAACUAAGAUCCCAAAAACCACACUCUCUUCAACUUCAACACCAAAAAAAUCCCCAAAUCUCUUCGUUCUCUCAAAACCCUAAUCUCUAUCAUGGACACCGACGGAUUAUCCCAAAUCUGUAGCGGUCUUGGAGCCAUCGAAGAAGACGAUGAAGGAAAUCGAAUCGGUUAUUCCAAAGGCGAAUACUGUCUCGAUAAUUUGAAAGAUUUGCUGAGGUUUUUGAGACGUGAUGACCCGCAAGCGCGCGAUGUGUUCAAGCAAGUUUGUAAAUGGAAUAUUGUUUCAAAGGAUUUGGUACCAAUUAUCGAGCACUAUCAUGAAGAUCGUAGCACGCUUCUUAAUGCAGUUAAGGUUUUGGUGUUCCUUACGAUGCCGAUUGAGCCUGGUUCCACUGAUAUAUCUCAGCAGUUGGAGUAUCUGUGGGAUUUGAAGUCUGCAGUCACUAACAGUGAUGUCACUACAGUGAUCGUGUCGAUUCUAGAAAAACCACUUGAGAAUUUAGAACUUAAUGCAUUCACGGAGGAUGAUUGGAAAUUGGUACAGCUGGUGUUUACAUUAUUUAGAAACAUCCUUGCCGUUCAAGAAAUUCCGCUGCAUCAGAAAUCAGCGGGAUCUGCUAGUCAUUUUUUAGCGCUGAGAGAUAAAUUUCUGGAACUUUUGUUCCGUGAAAAUGUGAUGGAUAUAAUUUUGGUUGUAUCUCAAAAUGUUGGUAGUUCUAAUGUUUAUCUCCGUCAGGAUAACUUGCUUCUAUUGGAAAUUUUCCAUUAUAUUUUUAUGGGUCAGGAUCCAGAGUUGAUUGUUCGGGGCCAUUUGACUGGAUUGAAGGUCGACAAAGACUCCCAAGCUUCUCUUGAUAGUCUCCAGUCCAUCAUGGAGGAAGAAAAGAAGAAAAGAAUCAUUAGUAGGAUUGGCAAUAUCAGUCGGCAUUCACAAUUCAGUGGAACAUUUGCAAGGGUUACCAUGGAUGGUUCUAAAGCCGUAAUUAAGGGAAAUCCUAGUUCUUCUCAUAAUAUGCAUCUUAAAUCACAAAAUGUUACACGGGGUCGGGUCCAAAAAAUUGCAUGGGAUCACCCAAGGUUGCCUUCAACAAAAGAUAAGAUCUUGGAGUUGCUUCAUGGAUUUGUAGAUCAGUUUCUUUCUGGGGCAUACAACGUUUUGAUGCGAUCCGUCCGUGAAGAUAUUAUAAAGGAACAUCCUUCAGUUAAAAAAAGUGAUGUCGUUGUUUUCUUUCAAGUGGCUGAAUUUGUCACUUCAUUUCAGUUUUACAAGUAUUCAACUUCUAAGACCAAGGAAGACAAGGACACAUUUGGUGAUAAUGAUGCUGAUGCUUCGGAUUUCAGUGGUAAAAUAUGUGGCCCAGUUGAAGCAUCCUUGAAUGAGUCAAUGUUUCAAUUAGUCAUUUCAAAGUGGCGGCAGGCCUAUGAUGGUCUAAAGGAGAGCAAUGAUUACAAGUUUCUAUCUGCAGCUGGUUCUCUUUUGAAAAACAUGAUUCGCAUGCUGGAUUUAGUACUUAAGAUGCUGCCAGAAGACUCUAAGGAGCCACAAACAGCUCGCAUUCUUCUUUACAAGUUAUUUUAUGAUCAGACUGAAGAAGGGAUGACUCAAUUCCUCUUGAAUUUGAUCAAAACGUUUGAUACACACAAACAAUGCAAAAGUGAUCUUGCAGAUUUGGUUGAAAUCAUUUGCAAGGUUGUAAAGCUAAUGGAUUAUCUCCAGUCUCGAGGAACACUGAGGGUGUCAAAAAAAGCAAGGAAAUUGAAAAAGAAGAUUCCCAAUGUAACAGAAUCUAAGAAUAAACCAGCUGGAGAUAAUUCAUGCAUUCAAAAAGACGCUGGCAUAUCUAUUGACAAUCAAUUAGCUGAAAAUCAGUUGCUGCAGAAAGAAUCCCUACCGAAUGCAAUUUCCACUGAGCAAGAAGACGCCCCUGAUGAUAAUGAUCGUCAAAAUCUCGAGAAAGAUGUGAACUCCCAAGUUUGUUUGGAAUCAGUGGAAAACACAAAUCUUGAUGCUAAUGGACAUGAAAAUGUCAAGGAAGAUGUGAACUCUGAAGUUGGUAUGGAAUCAGUGAAAAACACAAAUCUUGAUGAUAAUGAACAUGAAAAUGUUGAGGAAGAUGCGAACUCCCAAGUUGGUUCGGAACCAAUGAACAAGACAAAUCCUGAACAUCCUAAUGAGGAUAUGUUGGAUGACACUGGUGAUUUUUCUGAAGAUGAGCAAACAAAUGCAAUUAGUGAAGUUGAUUUCAAUGUUUCAACGCUCGUCUCUGCCUUUGCAAAUCACAGUAUUAUUCAGAAAUUAUGUUGGUUGCUCAAGUUUUAUAAAAGCAAUUCCCUUGCUAUAAACCAUUACAUAAUAAGCAUGUUGCGGAGAAUUAGUGAUGAGCUUGAACUUCAUCCCAUGCUCUACCAGUUGUCGCUGCUCACAAUUUUUUAUGACAUCCUUGUUGAACAAAAAGCAUGCCCCUGCGAGGAAUAUGCAACUAUUGUUGAUUUCCUGAACAGUUUGGUCAGAAAGAUGCUAAAGAAAAUGAAAAAACAGCCCCUCCUAUUUGUUGAAGUCCUUUUCUGGAAGACCCGAAGGGAAUGUCAUUACAUCAAUGCAGAAUAUAUGUUGGGUGAGCUUGGCCAUUUGAAAAAUGAAAGUAAAAAUUGGAAUGAUACUCAAGGAGAUGAAGAAAUUGGUUCAUCCCCAGUGAAGGCGUGGACUCGUAGAAGCAUAGCUGAUGCACUUGGUGACGAUGAAGCGGAUGUUGUAAUCUCUCAUGACUCAAGAUAUCAAAACUAUGGAGAAAAGCUUGAUGAUGUAGAAGGCUUUGCUUCUACCUCAGGCAGUAAGAAUAGCGGAGAUGAUAAUAAUGGGGAGCCAUGGUUGGAAGAUGAUUCUCAAACAGCUCCAAGGAGGAAAAAAAAACUUAUUCUAGAUGCAGAAUUGGAGAUGCAAAUUAAGGAUCUCUAUGAGAAAUUCAAAGAUGACCGAAAUUGCAGUCGACGUAUUGCUGAAGUGCUAAAUCCAGAUGGUAAAAUUUCUCCAGCUCAAAUAACCAAUAAAUUGAAAAAAUUAGGGCUAACAAUUGCAUCAAGGAAAAAGAAGGGUGAUGAUGAAACUUUUUCAACAAGCCCUAGUCAAAAAAGAAAAAGAGUCAGUGCUUUCAAUGAAGAUCAGGAAGCUCUUAUCAAAGUUCUAUAUGAGCAAUUCAAGGACCAUAGAAGAUGUAGCUAUAUGAUAGCCAAUGCACUCGACGGGGAUGGUAAAUUCACACCUGCCCAAGUCUCUCGAAAACUUAAGCAACUUGGCUUAUGUGUUCCUCAAAAGAGUUUUAGAGGAAAAGACAACCAAAAGAAUGAGGAUCUUAUGGAUUGUUCGGAUGAUAGAAUGAAUGAAUCUGACGAUGAGACAUUGAUAUCAUUGAUAGAAAGGAAAAAAGUGAAGAAUAGAAAAGAAUCAAGCAAACAGUUACAAGAACAGACUGGCGAGGAGAAAUUAUCAAAAGAUGAUUCUGAUGAUGAAAUACUCGGCUCUAUCCUCAAGAAAAAAGUGAAGAGCAGAAAAGAAUCAAGCGAACAGUUACAAGAACAGACCGGUGAGGAUAAGUUGUCAAAAGAUGAUUCUGAUGAUGAAAUACUCGGCUCUAUCCUCAAGAAACCAAAGAAUAGCUUGGUAUCCAGUGAACAUUUACAUGAAAACACCAAUGAGGAUGAAUUAUCUAGAGAUGAUUCUGACGAUGAAAUGCUUCAAUCUGCACCGAAUGAAAAUAAAGUAGGUUUCAUGAGUUCCAACCAAGUAGAAUAUAAGCAAGUGGAUCCUGACUUGGAAGAUUCAGAUGAUGAAGUGGCUGUUAAUGUACUACUUGACAAUGCUGUAUCUAGAAGGAAGUCAAGAAUGGUGAUUGAUCUUGAGGAUGAUGACUACUGAUAUGGAAGCAUGAUAUGCAAGUUUAUAUAUUCCUUUAUACUUGAUUGUUUACUUCCAUAUUGUACAAUUAUGUAUUAAACUUAUUAUUUAAGUUUCAAUCAUUUUGUCAUGUGUAUAGUUGGCUGUAAUUGCUUAAAAUAGCGCAGCAUCCUUAUAAAAGUAAUUCCCCUAUUUAUCAAGUCUAGAAGUAUAUGAGCUCA